UUACUGCAAGAUGUCCAAGUAAGAUGGAAUAGUACACUCUACAUGAUGCAGAGCCUCCUCGGCCAAAAGCGCACCUUGAGCGUUUAUGCUGCAGAGCACAACCUCCCAGCUACUCUAACAGUGAACCAGUGGGGACUGAUGGAGAGGGCGGUUGAAAUCUUAGCUCCAUUCGAGGAGCUAACAAGAGCUGUCAGCGCUGAAACAGCCACUACAGCUGACGUGAUUCCUGCAAUUGCAGCCCUGAAGCGUGUUCUUUCCAGAGAGCAGGCCACUGAUGAAGGAGUUAAGACUAUGAAAAGGACCCUAUUGGAGGCAGUGGAACGACGUUUCAGCCACGUUGAAAGUGAUCCACUGUAUUCUGUGGCAUCAUUGGUGGAUCCAAGAUAUAAAGACAGAUACUUUGCAGAUCCUAAUAGCUUAGGGCCUGCCAAAGACGCUCUCAUUAGAGAGGUGGAGAAGAUGGAGGAGUUAAAGAAAGCCAGCAGUGAUGUGCCAGAAGAGCAACAGUCUAGCAAGAAGCCACGUCUCAGCACAGACACCAGCCUUGGCAGUGUGUUUGAAGAGAUCCUGCAAGAGAGUGAGCAGGAAAGGCGAUCUGUGACUUCUUCAUCUGUACUGGUUCAGGUGCAAACUUACCUCACUGAGCAAACCAUUGUACGGUCUGCAAACCCUUUGACUUAUUGGAGGGACAAUGCUGCCCGAUUUCCCUCACUGGUGGGAAUUGCACAGAGGUAUCUCUCUGCCCCAUGCACAAGUGUGGACAGCGAGAGAUUCUUCAGCGCUGUGUCCAACAUAAUGGACGAAAAGAGAAACCGUCUGUCAGCUGACAGGGUUGAGAAGCUAGUGUUUCUUAACAAGAAUCUUCAUUUCACUUUAAAAUGACUGAAUUAAGAUAUGUGAGUGAGGCAUAACUGGAAAGAGCUUUGUGGUUAUUAUAACUAAGUAUUCAGGUUUGGUUGUUUAGUUGUUUUUAGGGCUACGUAUGUGUUUGUUCAUGACUGAAAAAUGGUCUUGGUGAUUUGAUCAUGUUUCAGUGAUCAUGCUACUUUUAAGUUACAGUCCUAAAGUUUUGAAUUCAUUUGAAUUCUGUUUACUUACUUUUUAAGUUGGAUUGAGAUGUUUGAAAUUCAUUUACUGAAUUGUGACUAUUUGUCAAUCUGUUUACACAACAUUUAAGAUGAGCAAAAGCACUUUAUAUUUGCUCAGUGGUCAGUGCACUUUAUUUUUAUUGACUUUAUGGCAGCCUAUGUUAAGCACUUAUAAGCUAGAAGUGGAUCUUGCAUAGCACUUUCUUUUUGACAAUACUGUACCAAGUAAGUAUUUUUCUUUUUACUUUUGUCUAAAACAUUAAAUUGAAGCUGACCUUU